AUGAUGAAACUAAAAACGGGUGGAAGUAUGGAAAGGCGCAAGGCCGCCAGCAGCUGCUGGGAAGGCGACUGGUACACAUCCUCGGCGCUCAUGGCACGUCUUCCACUUAUGUUGGUGGCGGCGUUAAUGAUGGCAACCUGUGCAACUGGCGAUGACGAUCUUCCUAACCUAGCCCUGCGUCAGGCAGUGUACGCAUCAUCAGUCUACUACCAGAGGGGGAACACUUACGACCCAGGUUACGCGGUGGAUGGAGUCACGGAGUAUCCGAGUCCCCUCGAUAAAUAUAACGUCAGCUUAUUUAGCUCGAAAAUCUCGGAUUCGACGCCUUGGAUUUCUGUUGACCUGGGUGCCGUGGCACUUGUGAAGCGGGUUGUCAUCAUCAACCGACGUGAUUGCUGUCAGGAUCAACUGCGGAAUGCAGAGCUGCGCAUUGGGAAUGUCAGCAUUACUAAUGCAGCAGGCGGGGGCGAUACACGCAACAUUACAGGAAACCCCCUGGUCUGGCAGCAAGAUGCCGGUACCUAUAUCAAUGCUUCAGCGACCAUCCCCUUUGACACACCCAAGGUCGGACGAUGGGUCACGUUACAAAUUAAGCAACCUACCUUACAUAUCACGGAGAUCCAAGUCUUUGGAUAUUACGCUGCCUCUGCAGUGUGCGCCAAUGUGCUGCCUGGUACGACUUACGGUACGGAGGCCUCAACAAUCACAAUUCUCAAAAUGCAAUCGUCAGGGGACUGCUGCAGCGCAUGCUCCGUUAACCCAGACUGCCGUUACUGGGUAUUCAGGCGAUGCAAGAACACCUGCACCCUCAAACGUGAUGAGGGAGCAGGACCCGGCUUCUUCAUUGAUGAAAAAACUGUGGCGGGCGGGGUGAGACCUGUGGCCCUCUUCGGUACCCCCAGAGUGGCCAUCUGGCGCUACAAGUCCUUUGUUGACCCAGAAGCGCAAUGGAUCUGGUCACGUGGCAGCGCAGCACAGUUUCUCGAUGGCGUCCCCGAAAACCCCCCAACUACUUUUAGCUACGUCUACAGGGCUGCAAGUGCGGUGACUGCCAAUAUAUCUGUUGGCACAAACAGUAACGCCUGGAUUUACAUCAACGGCAUGCAGAUGAAUACCAGCAUAGAUUAUUUUGGCAUUUUUAUCUCGUCGUUGUCAGUGACCCUGCAGAAAGGGCCCAACCUCAUCCAAAUUCUGGUCCAGAACACUUUUGAUGGCAGUUCUGCGGGUGUCGUCAUGUCGUUUCGAAACUCAAGUGGGCGGGUGCUGGCCCGUUCCAAUGCGUCCUGGGUAUGGUCCGAGAGAGCCAUCAUAGAAGAUCGUGUUUGUGUACAGCCGCAGCAGUUUAAUUGCCUGGCAUAG